GUGCCCCCAAAGCUAUGUCCUUAAAGCUGUAAGCGUUUCUCAGCCACAAGUUUGUCAAUAAAAUAGUGGAAUUUCUUGAAUCUUAGAACUCCGGCCGUUGGGAAACAUAAUCUUAGCGCAGCCAAAUAAGUAAAUUGCUAUGGCAUCGGCAAGUGAAAGUGACGAACCGAAACGAAGCGAAGUUUCGGAUGAGAGAGAAGAGAGAAAGGAGGAGUUGAAGUACAGAGGGGUGCGCCGUCGGAGUUGGGGAAAAUGGGUGUCUGAAAUUCGGGAGCCCAAGAAGAAGAGCAGAAUAUGGCUAGGGUCAUAUGACAGUCCUCAUAAAGCCGCUAGGGCCUACGACGUGGCUGCUCUGUGUUUGAAAGGUCCCUCCGCUGUGCUCAAUUUUCCUGACGCUGCACACACUCUGCCCCGACCCACUCAAUCUCAUCCUCACGACAUCCAGUCCGCUGCUUCGGAGGCUGCCCGUUCAUUCGAUGCGCACAGAAUGCUUUUGUUUUCUCCUCACUCUUCAUACAGCUCCCAACCCCAUUCUUCAGAUCCCCCUGAAGAAGAAAGUGGAAGACAAAUUUGCUCUGUAUCGAGCAAUGGUGAAGCUCAACAGGCUGAUACGAUGCAGUCAAUGGGCGAAUUGGGCCCCUGGGAAGAUUUGAUGGUGGGGCCCGAAUCACCCAACAUGAUGCUGAGUUUGGCGGAGGCUCUUCUUCUCACUCCCCCUCGAAUGCAUGAAUACGAUGAAGAGAGUAAAUCAGUGGAGCCACUUUACUCUCUGUGGAAUGACGGAUAAAUAAGUUUCCAGGUGACUGAUUUUUUAAUGAAAAAAUUAAUUCUACAGUGUCCACCGGCCAGCCGGGAAAUAUACCUGUCGACGGCAAUGUAGGAUGUUAUGCCAUCGGCCGACCCCGCACACAAUUUUUUAUGAAAGGAUUGUUUAUUCGGCUCCCUCAUAACGAGGAAAUUGUCGGCCGAACAUUUCCCUUUUCAGUAAUUUGUAUUAUACGUCACCUUAUUGAAGGAGACCAUAUUGUACUGAGAGGUAAACGAAAUUUAAU